CCUUAUAUAAGAUAGCAGGUCAGCUGUACAGGCAAAGGUGCCAGUAGCUUUGGGCUUUCAACCUAACGUUUCCAAUCGCACUUUUUUUCAGAAAGGCCUCAAGUUGCACUUAUUGCUAAUCAUCCAUAAAUAUAUUUGAGCGGCUAUGCAUGCUUACAAGAGAAAGCUCUUCGUACAUAACAUUUGACUCUGUCGCUCUAGUUGGUGACAAGGCAGUCAGUUAGCCCCUAAUCUGCGCUAUGGAUGUCACGUUGCAAGAGGUACCGCUUCCUGGGACAGCGCUGGCGGAGGAGCUCGACCAACGGCUCCUAAUCGUGUUACGCGAUGGCCGCAAGGUGCUGGGCGUGCUACGGUCAUUUGAUCAGUUUGCCAACCUCGUGAUUGAGGGGGCAGUAGAACGGAUUAUCGUGGGUGAUCAAUAUGGCGACAUACCCCUGGGUCUGCAAGUCAUCCGUGGCGAGAACGUCGUGUUGCUAGGGAGAGUCGAUGAGGAGAAGGACGCGCCGGAGGGCCUCACACAAGUCUCCCCCGCAGCCAUAAAAGAAGCACUGAAGGGUGAGAAAGAGUUGAAUAAGCUUAAAAGUACGAUACGGGCACGGAUGGACUUCCUGGACUUGGAAUGACGCUCGAGAGCUGGGAGUUGGGGGUUUCUGGAAGAGUGUGAAGCAUGAUGUGGUUGAUAACGCGUUGGCAAGGGGAGUGGAGAUCCUGGUGCAGGUCCCCCAAGGCAUGGGUGUCUUUCAAUGACCUUCACAUGGUGUGUGUGUCCAGCUGGUUUUGGGGGCGGUAAGGCAUAGUUGGCCGGCGCUGCUCAUGCGCCGCGUAGACUGGCCAAUACUUGGACACUUCUGCCGCUAGGUAUCUGUGCACGCGCACGGCUCGUCCUCGCACGCUGCCGGCCUAACACGUCUGCGAAAGCUACCAGCAACCCCUCGUCGUACAGGGUUCGCACAUUUAUACACGGGCGAUGUUGAAAUGCCGGAGAACAUGUGGAGAGACCAAAGAGUGUUCCAGAUUGUGUUCAGUACCGUUGGACCCACUUGGAGUUCGGGUUUUUUUGAAAUAGAUGUUAGCCUGGUCUUGCGUUACGCUACAUGCGCUGUUGGCACGGUGUUUGCGUAAACGACGCCAUUGUUG